CAGCACACGUCGUAUACAGAACAGUAAUAUUAAUUAUUACCGUCGUCUCCUUCAGUGCGGUGGUGUCGUCUCUGCGGCGUGUAAACGAUGGUUUUCUGCAAUUAUUUUACCGCGGUCGUGUGCGCGUUGGUGUCAAUCGUUGUCGGCGGAUGUCGCGCAGCCGAAAUCCAGACGUUCACGGUGACCGACGUGGCAUACUUGGAUGUGGAGGUGGCCGGAACAGAGUUGGGUACAAUUGAGAUCGGCCUUUUUGGCGAAAUUGCACCGAAAACGGUGGCCAACUUUGUCACCAUUCUGACAAAAGGUAUCAACGGCCGCACUUACGCCGGCACCAAGUUCCAUCGGGUGUUCAACAAGUUCGUCAUUCAAGGUGGAGACAUAUUGAACAAUGAUGGAAGCGGGUCUAUAAGCAUAUACGGUGACACGUUUCCCGAUGAAAAUUUAAAAGUGAAUGGCACAAAACCGGGAUUUGUGGGAAUGGCUAAUUCUGGUCCAGACACAAACGGAUGUCAGUUUUUCAUAACAACCAGGUCCACGCCAAGCUUGAAUGGUGAACACGUAUUGUUCGGCAUUGUGGUCGAAGGACAGGAAGUCAUACACGUCGUCGAACAGCAGCUGACAGACCAUCUGGGGAGGCCCACCAAAGAGAUAAGAAUAACGAAAUGCGGCUUGCUGAACCGACGACCACCAUUCGAGGUUACGGACCAUCCGCGCAAUUCGAAUGUUUGGAAAUGGAUAAUCGCGUCUGCUCUACCAGUUUCGAUGUCUACAGCUAUAUUAUUACUAUUCCAAUGGAUGAUUUCUCAGAUAAACAAAGCGAUUAUCUAAUGAGUAAUGGAGCUUGUCUGCACCUAUAAACUUAGACCGAUAUACAACAUUACAACAAACCCCAAGCGAUAUGUAGACACGUAUAUACCAACAAUCAACAAAAUAUACGAUAAUAAUUGGAAAAAUAUUAUUCCUUGUUCCACAUAAAAGUGGUGUAAAAGGCGAAUGAAUUUAAUUAUUCGUCUAAAAGCUAUAUACAUAAUAUUACAAUCUGAAUGAUUUUUUUUUUUUUGAUGCGUAAACAGCAACAACAAACAAAUUAUAUUCUCACGCAUAUUAUAUAUAUCUAUGUAUAUUAUAUGUAGGUAAUAAAACUACUUAUUACGCAUACCUGUUUAUAUUUAUGUAUGCGCAUAUUAUAUUUUGUAU